AUGGCUAGCGCCCAUCUACCAUCCGCGGCUUCUACAGUCGACACUGAUGACUGUCUUGUCGACGCCUCUACAGCUCCAACUACACCAGAUGGCAGUUUGACAUUCAGUCCGGUUCUGGAAGCCUUGAAGCUUCGAGAUGCUCUCGAAGGUGCUACUGCGGGCAGAGGUACAUCGAUACAGGACACAUCUUUGGAUGGUGCUAUGUAUCCCAGUCGAUGUGAAAUUCGGAACGUUUGUUGUGUUGGGGCUGGGUAUGUAGGAGGGCCAACAGCUGCAAUGAUUGCAUUGCAAAAUCCCCAUCUAAGGGUGACUGUGGUUGACAGAGACCCAUCGCGCAUUCGGCAAUGGAAAUCAAAACAUCUACCAAUUCAUGAACCAGGUUUGCAACACAUCAUUCGCAUCACGAGAGACGGCUCAAAAGCACUGUCAUUCUUCAAUGAGCCAGCAAGGUUUGAUUCAUUUGAUAGCGUCUCAUCAGCAAGCUCAGCUACAUCUGAAUGCGAAAGCCAAUGUGGGGAAUUGAGGGACGAAAUCUACAUCUCGUCACGUAGUCCCAAUCUUUUCUUUUCCACUGAGGUUUCAAAAACUCUCAGCCAAGCCGAUAUUGUUUUCAUUGCGGUCAAUACUCCCACGAAGAAACGAGGGAUGGGUGCUGGGCGAGCUACAGAUAUGACAGCCUUGGAAGCAGUCUCGAGAGAAAUCGCAAUUCACGCCAAACCAGGAGCAAUUAUAGUUGAGAAGAGCACAGUUCCAUGCCGAACGGCGGAGAUGAUCCAAAAUACGUUCAAAGCCCAUCGACCAAAUAUAAAUUUCGAAAUCCUUUCCAAUCCAGAGUUCCUCGCCGAAGGAAGUGCAAUGACCGAUCUUCUCUAUCCGGAUCGCGUCAUUAUAGGCUGCAGUCCAACUCCCUCUGGACACCACGCAGCAGCUUCCCUUGCCUCGAUUUACGCAUCUUGGGUACCUCGCCCCAAAAUAAUCACUAUGAAUACUUGGUCUUCAGAACUGUCAAAGCUCGCGGCAAACGCCAUGCUUGCCCAACGAAUCAGCAGCAUCAAUUCUAUUUCCGCAAUCUGCGAGGCUACAGGCGCAGAUAUUGAUGAGAUAGCCCAAUCUAUCGGCCUUGAUCCGCGGAUCGGAGAUAAAUUCCUGAAAGCCGGCGUGGGCUUCGGUGGAAGCUGUUUCAAGAAAGACAUUCUAAGUCUAACGUAUCUAGCGGAAGGUCUUGGUCUGCCUGAAGUGGCUGAGUACUGGACACAAGUACUCAAUGUUAAUGACUGGCAAAGAAGUAGAUUCGCGAGGAAGGUUGUGAGAUGUAUGAAUGGGACACUUGUGGGAAAGAAACUCUCUAUAUUGGGUUACGCAUUCAAAAAGAAUACGAGUGAUACGAGAGAGUCACCUGCGCUCGAGUGUAUCAAAAUUUUGUUAGAGGAUGCACCAGGGGAGAUCGCGAUCUUCGAUCCAUGUUGUGAGCCCGCAAAAAUCAAAGAGGAGAUCAAACGAUGGAUUGGAAGCGCGGCGCUGAGGGAAUUGGGUGGGCCGAUCGAGGUAUAUAAUGACGCUUACCAAGCGUGCUCGAACAGCCACGCAGUGGUAAUCAUGACCGAAUGCGACGAGUUCCGGAACUAUCCAUCAUCAAAAUCGCCGAAGCUAUUCCCAAGCCGGAAAACAGAGCGUCCUAUCGUUGUUGAUCCAAGACCAUUUGCACGUCUUGAACCAACGGAGUCAGAACUGCUCGCGCUGCACGGAUAUCUCUCGCCGGCGUUGGAUAUCAAGGAUCCUCUGCUAAGAUUCGAAGAGGAGCCAGCGUGCGAUGAUUCAUGUGCAAUGUGUGCUGAGAAGAAGGGUAAGCUGGAGAGCGUGCGGAGUGGAAAGGAAAAUCAGAAUGAGAGACUGGAUUGGGUGAGGAUUGCAUAUCAUCUACAGAGACCCAAGUGGGUUUUUGAUGGCCGUGGGGUUUUGGAUAUCGCUGAGAUGGAGAAGCUGGGUGUGCGGGUUGAGGCGAUUGGGAAGGUUGGCUGGGGAGGAAGAUGA